ACAAGUCUCAUUAAGCAUACCACAAGUUUCUUAAUAGCAGUCCUAUUUGUGAAUUUCAAAAAGUUAAGAUAUCAAAAUGUUAAUAAAAAAAAUUUAGGUAAUAAAAUAUAAUUUUUAAUCAAUAUUUUUAGGACUUAUAUGUAAAGAAAUUGAUUUUAGGUACAAAAAUUAAGAUUUAUUAAGUUCAUGUACCAAAACUGUACUUUUAUAUGUGAAAUCUCCUGAAAGUAGCCACAAACAUUAGAAAAGAAACCACAACAUCAACACACCACAAGUAAGUAGACUAUAAAUCCCAUAAAACACACCACAAGUCUCAUAAAACAUACCACAAGUUUCUCAAUAGUAGACCUAUUUGUAAAUUCUAAAAUUUUUAGGUAUAAAAAUGUAAGAAGAAAACAUUUUAUAUACUAAAAUGUAAUUUUAUCAAUAUUUUUUAGGACUUUUAUGUGAAAAAAAAUAUUUUUAUGUACUAAAUAUUAAGAUCUAUUAAAUUCAGGUAUCAAAACUAUAUUUUUUGCAUGUGAAACCCAAUAAAGCAAUGUAUAUGAGGAGAGGUGCAGGAAUAAAAAGAAGAUUUAGUUAUUAAAAGUGUUGGCAAUUUGGCAUGGUGCAAACACUUAAAGAGUGUUAAGAUUGUCAAAUCGGUUUAUAUCUACCGUUAUAUCGAGUUAACAAGUGAAAUGGUGUAAUCAGUGGUACGAUCAAUUUGUGUCGGUUCAUUCCGGCUUAAAUACGACAUUCCAAACAAAAUAACAAAUACUCAUUAGUUAAAUACAAUAUUUAAUAUCAAUAUCUAAACUUUUAUACUUGAAUCUAACAAAUUACAUCAACUUUUAACUUUUAUAUUCAUAAGACACAUAAAAAGUCAUUUUUAUCAAUCAAAUUUACUAAAUGACGUCAUUUUAUGUAUACUUCGUAAAUCGAUCAUUCGGUCAUACCAGUAGUGUUUAUAUCGGUUCCACGAUCGACAGCGAUUGAACCAGGCUCAACCAGCCGGCAUGACAACCACACCCUAUCUCCUCCCUUAUUAUUGACCAACCAAUAGUAAAAGAUGUGUUUUCUGAUUAAUAAAGCCGAGCACAAAUUCUAGGGGGAAAACUAACAGUAAAAGACAAAAAAGGUUGUAUAAUUCAUAAAAAAAAUGAAAUACAAACUAUUUUGUAUGUUUUUUAAUAAGGUGUGUGACUAUAAAAGUACGGAUGUGGUUAAUGUUAUUGCUUAAAAUAUACAUAGACUAAAAAUGGAAAAAGUAAGAGUUUGUUGAUAUUAUUACUGUAAAUGCGUAGACCGUCGUUCAUUCUUAUCUUUUUCAUUGACCACAUUGAAUGUUUCAAUUUAAUCAAAACUAUAAAAGCGAAAUUUACAAUAUGAACUUCAAAUAACUAAGGAAGUCUAUCUCACGAUAUUUCCGGAGGCCGGUAUUAUCUUUUGAAAGAAAAAAACAUUUCCUCUCUAUAUAAAGGCAAAUAACACUCACAAAUACAAAACAAUUCAAAUUGAAAUAUACCCAAAGAAAAUUCGAGCGGAAAGAAAGUGUAAGUGUCUUACAAAUAUGUUGAAGCAUGCUUCAAUGCCAUGUUUUUUUUAUAGAUAUUUACUCAUUUUUUAUUACUUUUUAUUUGUUACAGGGAAAUUAAAGAUGAAUAUUGGGCGUCCCACCUCGAGUUGUGUCCUGAUGUUUGUUUUAUUAUGGUCAGUAUUAUUGUUAGAAUCUAACGUCAUUGCAGCUAAAAAGUUCUUUGGCAAAUCAAGAAAACAACUCUCUCAUUUUGAUAAGCAUGUCGUUGCCACUAUUCAGACUAUCCAUGGAGACACAUAUAAUUGUGUGGAUUUUUACAAACAACCAGCAUUUGACCAUCCUUUAUUGAAGAAUCGGAGAUUUGAUUAUCAGUUGAACUCUUCGUUACAAGGCUUUAAAGUAAGAGCAGCAGAAUCAGACUCAUUUGGUAGCGAACCCUCAGACAUAUGGUUAAAUGGUAAAGGAUGUCCAAUUGGAACAGUGCCAAUUAGAAAAACUACAAAAACGGAUUUACUCAAAGACGCUGCCGUUACAUCAAACGCCAAUUCGGGUGUUCGUGUUGCGGUACUCAGGUCUACUGGGGACAAACGAUAUCGUGGAGCCGGAAUGUACACUAGUGUAUAUAAUCAUGACGUUCAAGGCAAUCAAUACACAUCUAGUCGUUUCAAAUUGAAUAAUGGUCCUGAUAGUAUUGCAGUUGGAUGGGUAGUUAAUCCGAGCCUGUACCAUGAUACAAACACUCGACUUUUCAUCUAUACAAUUACAAAGGAUGUGCAUUGCUACAACACCUACUGCCCUGGAUUUGUGGUGACGAAUCAUGAAAUACCAUUGGAUGUUGUUCUUUCUCCUGUUUCCAGACGAGGUGGACCAAUAUAUGAAAUAAAAUUCUUUAUUAUGAAGGAUCAUUACAGUGGAGAUUGGGUUCUCAUGUUUGGAAAUCAUGAUAAGGUUUUGGGAUUUUGGCCGAGGGACAUUUUCACUGGAUUAGCAGGUUUUGCUAACUACGCGGAAUGGGGAGGAGAAAUUUACAGUCCUCCGGGUACUGUCACUCCACGGAUGGGAUCUGGUUGUCGACCUUAUGGAGACCCAAAGCUCGAUGGUUAUGCUAGAACAAUCACGGUUGUAGAUGAAAAUGAGAAGAUUGAUUAUGAUCCCGCGGAUUGUAAAAUCUAUCAAAAUGAUAGAGUACACUAUGGCGCGAUUGAUAAAGGAAAUAUUGGGGGUACUUGGAACCGCCUUAUCGAGUUUGGCGGGAAUAGUUUGAUGUAUAAUCCAAAUCUUCCUUAUGCUUGUUGAGAGCAAAUUAGCAACUUUUUUGUUAGGAAAAUAUUAAUAAAAGUUUGUUUCCUCUUUUAAAAUUUGCGUUACGAGUGCACGAGAUGUUUGAUUUUCGAUCGUUAUCACAAGUUCGAGACAUCAAGUCACUCAAAAAGGCUAAAUAUGAUUCCUUUAACAAUGUUGAAUUUAAUGAAUCGAUAUGUAUCCAAGCAAUCUAUGAAUGACAAAGUGACAAGUUUUAGAAGAUGAGUCGAUUUACUUGGGUUUUUUUUUUCUUCUAAAAAAUUCCUUAAGGUUUGGUUUGGAUAGUCAUGAAACCCUCGAACUAGAUAAGCCUAAAAUGGUUAAGUCCUUGUCGUGUGUGACCAAAACUUAAUCAUCAGCGGUAACGACUAACCAAAAGCGAUAACCAUAGUACAAAUCGUUACAGAACCAAAAUCGUGUCGAUGUCAGUUUUGGAUAAUCAUUCUCCUUGUUUUCGUUCUUUUAAUGAUAAUUUUCACCGAAGCCAAUCAAACUCAUUUUUCAACAACAAUUUAUAAUCGGUAAUAAAAGUCGCUAAGGCAUGAGCUUAAUUGGUCUGGUUCUGUUUAUUCAAGGGUUGUGGCUCGUCAAUUGAAAGAAGAAUGGGUCGUCCCUGGAAAUUUGGUAGAUCAAAUAACAAGCUGGUGGUGGGAAAUUGAUGAUUGAAUAACGUCCUAGACAGUUAAAUAAACGUAUAUGAACAAGCGAGUUAAUGUGUUACCGACCAUGAUUGUGAAGUAAGAAUAUUGUUAAACCCCGCUCUUCCCAAAAGUCAAAAUGACUAUUAUACUCUUGGGUCAAGUUCCACCGUAUUAUCGAUGAGAAUUAAAAAUGUGAAUUAAUAGUUCAAACGGUGUCGAGUUUCGACAUGAAGUGAGAAAAUUAUGGACGUUAACUAAAUUUCGGAUUAAACUCACCCGUAAUGAGGAAAUUCCCAAAUUAACCCGGCACAAUUAAACCCUAACCCUACCUCCCACUCGACCUCAGCCCAAACUAACAAAACCCUUCAUUCUUUUUUUUCCCCAAUCGCAAAGAGCUUUCGGCAAAGAAACAAAGAGAGCGACUAUUUGCCCAUCCGCCGCCCCACUUUCCAUCGCACCACGUCCAUCUUGUUUUCGUCUCGGGAUGCAACCUAGGUGUUUAGGAGAUUUGUGGUAUGCAUUAGGACGUUUAUGGUUUGCUUUUUUGUGGUUUGAUUUACUGUGUUUGUGGUUUGCAUUAGGAGGUUUCUGGUGUGCUUAUGACAUAUUUUGUGGUUUGCUUUGCGGGGUUUCUAGCAUGUUUUAGGAGACUUGUGGUUUGUACUAGGAGGGUUCUGGUUUGCAUUAAUAAGUAUCUGGUGUGCUUUCGAAACUUUUGUGGUUUGUUUUGCGAGGUUUCUGGUUUGUUUUAAUAUAUUUAUGGUCUGUAUUAGGACGUUUUUUGUUUGCUUUAUUGUGAUUUGUUCCGAAAAAUCCAAAAAAACACGGCCGUCAAGAUAGUAGCAAAAACAGGACACUCAAAUCUAGUAUUCUAGUGAUACCGAUAUAUGCGAUAAACCAACAUAAGAUAG